AUGAUAAUACCUGAACUACAUGGAAACGAUAUUAAGACUAGAUUUAGAUCAAAAUCAACAAAAGAAUUAUCUUCAAUUCUGAAAAAGACUUCAUCUGAUUUAAAUAGUAAAAGUAAGAAUGGUAUUAGAAUUAGAAGUAAUAGUACACAAAGUUUAGGUAGUAAAAAAAAUGUUAGAUUUUCAACAAAUUUAAUCGCCGUUAAAAAAUUCGAUAAAUUUGCUGAACCUAUUACAAUUUCUAAUGAAACUUCACCUGAUUUAUCACCUUUAUUAAUUCCUUUAGAUAGUCAUAAUAAUAAUAUUGAUGAAGAUGAUUCUUGUUGGUUUCAUGAUUUAACUUUAGUCCCAAGACUAAUUGAUAUUGAAAAUAAUUUUAAUGAAUUUCAUUUUAAUAAUAAGAAAAAAAUUAAAAAUACAAAAUUAUUUUCUUUAGAUGAUGAGGAUUAUGAUUAUGAUGAAGAUUUAAAUUAUUAUUUUAAUGAAGCUGGUACUUUAAGAAAUUUUAAUAAUAAAAUUUCGAAUAAUUUAAAUUCAAAUUCAAAUUCAAAUCCAACAUCUCCAACAAAAUUAUUAAAUAAUUGUGACUAUAAUGAUCCUUUAUUACAAUUCCAAUCAAACAAAAAUUUAAAAUGGGAAUUACUAUCAACAAAUAUUAUUAAUAGUAAUUUAAUCUUAACAAAUGAUUUUAUUAAACACUUUAUGCAUAAUCAAAAUAUUAAAAUUCAAUCAUUAAAAAUUAACAACGAUAAUAAAUUAGCUGGUUAUUUACUUGUUAAUAAUUUGGCAUUUGAAAAAUAUAUUGAAAUUAAAUUUACUUUUAAUAAUUGGCAAAAUAUUCAUUAUGUUAACGCUUCAUUUAAUAAAACAAUUUCGAAAAAUUUUGAUCAAUUUAAAUUUAUUAUUGAUAUUAAUUCAUUCAAGUUUUUUUUAAAUUUAAAAAAUUUAUUAAUUUCUGAUAAUUUAAAUAUCGAACUUUGUUGUAGAUAUGAUGUUAAACAUGAAACUUAUUAUGAUAAUAAUAAUUAUAACAAUUAUAAAGUUGUACUAAGAAAACCAAUGAAACAACAACAACAAUCAAAUAAAGAAAAUCUUUUCAAUUUAUCAUUAUCAAAAGAUAUUACAGCAUCUGCAUCAAAAGCUGAUUCAUUGAAAAGAGAAAAUAAUAUCAAUCAAUCAACAAGACAUCAUACAAGAACAUUUAGUGCAGAUACAGAUUUUUUUAACACUUCACCAUUGAAAAAUAUUUAUAAUAAUAGUAGUAUUAAAAAAAAUCAUAUCUUUAAUAAACAUAUUCAAACAACAACUGAUAAGAAUAUUUUACCAUCAACACAAAAAAUUACAACAAGCUCAAGUACACCACAUUUAAACGAAAAAAAUGUUUUAUCCUUUAAUUCAGAUCUUUCAUCAAUUUCUUCAAGUUCUAUAUCAUCAGCGGCUUCUUCUGCUUCAACAGAUUCAUCAUCUUUAUAUUCUUUCCAAACUGAAAAUGUAACAACUCCAAUUAUUAAACCUUUACCAACAAAUGUUUUACAAUUACACAAUAAAAAUAAUACAGAUAAUCAAAAGCUACCAAUAAGGAGAAGAGAAAGUGUUCCACCUGCUAUAUCUCCAUUAGAAAAGACAUCUAUACAUGAUAGCCUUCUUAAUGUCGCUGUAACACCAGGAAUAGACUGUAUCAAUAGUUAUCUUUCUCCAUCAUUAGCAGAUAUUAAGGAUCAAUUAUAUUUUUCACCAUCAAAAAAUAUACACGAGACAAAAAAUAUUUUUAAUGAUAAUAAUACUAUAACAAGUUAUCCAGAGAGUGUAGCCACGGAUACUACGCUAAUUAAAAAACUCCCAAGAAGAAAUAAAGAAGGAUCGACAAUAGAUGUAACAGAUAUCAGUUCAGAUAAUAAUAAUAAUAAUAAUAUUUUAAAAAAAGCUAAAACAUUUUCUAAAAGUACACCAUCUUUAGAUUCAGAUUAUAAAUCAUUACUAGAUUCAUGUUGUUUUUAUACACCACCAGCAUUAAGUUCCAAUGAAGCCUCACCAAAUAAAUUUUCAUUCAUGUCAUCAAUAACAGACUAA